GCCUCCGAGGCAAGGGCCAUCGGAGCUAGUCUGACCCCGUGACAAGUGGUAUCAGAGCCAGCUCAAGCUGCAUCAGAACCUGGUUCGGAGCUGCAUCAAGCACGGUUGGAACCCUGCUGCAGACGCGGUCCAAGCCUGGGGCGAGACGUGGUUGCAGACGUGGUUCGAGCGUGGCACGAGACGUGGUUCGAGCGUGGUUCGAGCGUGGCACGAGACGUGGUUCGAGCGUGGUUCGAGCGUGGCACGAGACGCGGUCCGAACGUGGUGAGAGCGUGGUGCGAGCCUGGUGGAAGCCUAGUUGCGAGGGGAAUUUGUGACCAUGGCAAGCGAAGGCGUGGAGGCAAGCAACAUUCUGGGGAUGGAACGAGUGCGAUGGGAGACGCGUGGGGACGCGAGAUCGAAGAGGAGAUCGAGGGCGGUGUCACCAGCGUCACUGGAUGUCACAACAGCCUUUGAGGGAAGGCUGGCCGACAUGGGGUUGGCAAUAGGGGGCGUCCAGGAGCAGCUCGACACUCUUAACUCCGAGGAGGAUGGGUGUGGCACGGUCGAGCCACUUGACGGUAAGCUUCAAGGUGUCUUCGAUUCUUUCAUGGCUAACAUGAGUCAGGCUGUGGAAAGGUUUCAGGGGUGCCUUGCGAGCAGCAGUGGGCGAGACCAGCCACACAGAACCUCCAGUCCAUGCGGGGGCAUGGAAACCUCCAGAGAUGGCAGCGGUGAGCGACCCAAGAGGAAGCAUGACUGCUACUUGUGUGGAGGGCCACACUGGACGCGGGAAUGUCCACGGAGGGACGCGCUCAGUGCCAUCGCCAGGGCUGGUGAGGAGUCCAGCCACACGGGGGAGGUCAGCCACAUGGAGAAGUCCGAGCCUGGGGAGGCAGAGGACGUGGCGUCGAUCUCACACAACUUGCGGCAGAGGCCAGGGGGCAAUGUCGCCAAGCCUGAGGAGUCCAGCCACAAGGGAGAACCCAAGCCUGAGGAGGCCAGGGACGUGGCACAGGACGCGGGCGAACCACGGCAGCAGCAAGACGUGGAUGCAGCGGAGACUUGCAGCAACUUGCGAGAGGGAUCGAGGCACUCGACGCUAGGUGCCUUGACGAGGGCGUCAAGGGCUUUGGUGGGGGAGAGUGUCACGGCACGCGAGUUCGGGGGCCGAAGUCACGGGCAUCAUGGCACGGAGCUGCAGCCACGGGCACACAGGGGGUGUGUCCAGCGUCCAGGAGGCAUGCAACGCAGCGUCACGGAGUACGAGCGCAGAGACGAGCACGGGCGCAAGUCGAAGCGCAAGCGGAAGCGUGGACGCGGGCAUGCGGGACGCGGGUGUCGGUGUGGGUGUCGAUGUCGCGACACGGGGUUGCGGCUACGACACAUAGACACACGAGGACGCAGGCGCAAGGUGGAUCGCGCAAGACGCAACGGGCCUUGCCAGCAGAGGCGUCGAUACCGGGGCCUAGGCGUGAAGUUGCGGACGGGACACACGGUAGCGUGCGUGAGCAGUCGAGGGCGACAUGCGUGGGCGCGCGAGAAUGUCCUGGGCCAAGACACGGGUGCACGCACAGGCAAGCCGGGUCGAGACGCUGGCACGCAUGGGGGCGGACAGGCUCGAGGCGCUGGGGCGUG